GAUUUGAAAACAAAAUCCACCCGCCCGCUGCCGCGCCGGCUCGCGAUUCACGGGCGAAGGCGCGCACCGCACCAAGGAGCUCAGUGCGCGAGCUAGCGUGAUACGGAAUGAUCGUGUGGUGCGUUUUGCGCGGACAUUGACUCUGCGAUUUAUUUUUUAAUUCAACGAUUUAUACCGCCAGAAUUAAAAACUUUUGGAGUAUAAUUUCGAGUAAAACUAAAAAGUAUUUAUUUGAAAAGUUGACUUUUAUGCAGUUCGCGCAGAAUUUUGACCAAAACUGUGUAUUUCCGUAUAGACGCAAAAAUUAAAAAGUGAAGAAGACUUCGAAACAAAGGACUGUUUUGUACAUUUUCGCAACAUUUGCGAAAUUGUGUUCAAAAAUUUUAUCUGGCUGCUUAGAAAAGGGCAUAGUAAAAAAUACAGCCCUCAGCCGACUAGUUCGGACACAAUCUGUGGUCAACUAACGAAAAACAAACACGCAACGACUUGCAAAAUUAUCAAAACAUCUCUAUGUAUGUAAACAAGUUUUCAUAAAAUUCUAGUACAGAAUUAUCGUGGACAUUUCGAAAUCUUAUCAAAAAAUUACAGUGAGUUCGUCGACCUUCCAAAUUCGUGCUUCAGUGAUUACGUUCGCAGAUUUUACCCAAGAAUUUAGAAACCUGGAUUGAGUGUUCGAGCUAGUUUUGCAUGAUGUCUACUGCCAUAAUGCAUCAGUCUGCGCUGUACGACUUUGGUGAUCUGUUCUUGAAGAAUCAAACUCGUCCAGUGCAGACGAUGAACAGCGCCCUCGCGCCCGUGAGCGGCAGCACCGUGGUGGGCGGCGCGGGCUGGGAGCAGCACCCGGCGCUGGCGCGCGCCGCGUCCGUGCCCGCGCACCGCGCGCUGGCCGGCCUGCUGGACCGCCUGGGCCACCGCCGCCUCGAGCGCACCGCCAGCGAGCCCGCGCCGCCGCCGCCCGCCACCAGCCGCUACAAGACCGAGCUCUGCCGCCCCUUCGAGGAGGCCGGCGUCUGCAAGUACGGCGACAAGUGCCAGUUCGCCCACGGCAUCCGCGAGCUGCGCAACCUCCAGCGCCACCCCAAGUACAAAACGGAGCUGUGCCGCACCUUCCACUCCGUCGGCUUCUGCCCCUACGGCCCGCGCUGCCACUUCGUGCACAACGCCGAGGAGGCGCGGCGCCGCGAGCCCCCGUCGCCCGGCGGCUCGGUGGCCUCGCUGUCCUCGGGCGUGUCGCUGGGCUCGUACAUGAGCGACGGCUCCCGCUCGCCGCGCUCGCCGCACUCGCCGCUCACGCCGCAGUCGCCGCUGACGCCGCACUCGCCGCCCGCGCUGUCGCCGCCCGCCGGCGCCACCGCCUUCGCGUUCCGCCGCACGCAGUCGCCCGACCCCGAAGAGGAGCGGCUGCCGGUGUUCAACCGCCUCUCGUCCGCGUUCGGCGACCUCAUCAUCGCCUAGGGCGUUGCGAUCGCCUAGUCUUAAGUUAAAUUAUACCGAUCAUAGCGUAAGGACCGUCUGUCACCGCAGUGCCUAUUCGACGUCUUCCAGACCGCGCCCGAGCGCCGUCCCGCUCCGCGCAUCCGCACACUCGCUCAACGAAUGAUCUCCAGUUUGUCGAUUCUUCUCAUUACUUCGCCCUGUAAUUUAUAAAGUUAAAGAAGUUUACUGGCGUCUCGAAAGUUUGCGGUGUGAAUAUAGUGAUUACGUACAUCUUUAGUUAUCGGCACGCACUUGUAAAUGGCACCUUAUAUUGUUAGAUAUUUAUUGCGUAGCUCGCGGAAGUCUUCCCGAUGCGAUCCUCCGCCGAGCGGUGGUCUCUGUAAAGUUAGCUUAUAGAACAUUUAUUUAUUUUGUACUGCCUAUCCGCGCUCGGUACCGUACCGCGAGAAGGCGCUCGUGAUCUAUUUUUAAGGGUUUAAGAUAAUAAUUUAUUAUUUAUUUCGAGUCUCUUUAACUGUAAUAAUUAUUUUUACGUACUAGCAGCUGCGAUGCCGCACCGCAUACGGACGGGGCCCGCGUCACCGGGACGUGGCUCUGGCAACAAGGAUCGAUCGAUCUCGCUCCCAGAUUCAAUGCAUUACCCCGACCAGCUCGUCCAGUGGGAAGUGAUCAAUCGAUUUACUCGUACAUCUCGGGAGUUCGCUGGGCCGAGCGCCGCGCCGUUCUCGGGCGGCGGCGUGCUCACCCGUGGCCGACACCGCUAGCGAUCUCAAUCACCCGCGGCCCAUUUGAGAACGGCGAUGUAAUCCUGCGGCGCGCCGCUAGCGGCUCGUCUGCGCAGGAUUUUUUCGUUUUGCGUCGUGCGAGGAGGGCGGGCAGCGAGCUGAAACCUGUUUGGGUUUUGGUGAUUGUUUUUUUCGUCCUCGAAGCGCACUCUCGAGUCCCUCUCGCUCCGAUGCCCGACGAGAUUGCGUUCGGGCGCUCGCAAAAAAUGACAGAAACCUGAGAAAACGCCCGCCGAACUCCCGAGAUUUCGUGCCGAUGAAUUUUUAUAGAGAUAUAACUUGAAUACGGUAACAUGAAGCAUGUUUAUAUUAGGUGCGGGCCGACGGACUUACCCCGCGCGCUUCCCCCGUCGCGCCCGCAUCCCUCACAAAGAGUGCCUUUUACUUUAUAACAAAAUAAAUCGAUUAUAAUAUUUAAUUUUUAGUUGAUCGAGAUAGAUUGAUUGUUUAUUUAUUGUCUCUUUUGAAUAUAAAAUUCAAAUUGGCACAGUUAUUACUUUUGUACUUUGACAGAACUAAGUGAUUAGUUUGGACGUAGAAUAGUUUCUUCUUUGAAUAAAGUGUGAUAUUUUAUAAUAUUUAUAUUACAAAGUUUAAAGUUUUAAUUAAGGGACCAAUAUAAGUGAUUCGAUUAGGAGAAAUUCUGAUAGAAACCAGACAGAUAAGUAGAUACGCUUUCGAUUCUUACCAAGAGACUGUAUCCUCGCGCCACACAUACAUACAUAUAUUUUGUUAUACUGUUUGUAACCAGAUGUACUGUACGAUUUUGUAUUGUAUCCAUCCAAUAAAAUAGCAUUUGACCACUAGUGGUUUUGUGUUUGUUAUUGACAGCUCAUAGAACCGAGACGGUGUUUUUUGUUUUGUUUUACUAUUUUAGUUUCAGUUUUUCUCCGUGUCUAAAGAGAGACGUAUCGUGACCACGAAGGAUAAUAAUUUUGUACCUAAUGUUAAGGAUCCUAGUUGUAAGCGUUUUCAUAAAGUUCGCGAAUAUUAUUUAUUAUCAGUUCAUUACGAAUUAUAAACCAUUAAAGUUGAUUUAUUUAAUUUCUUUUGUAUUUAAACGUCAUUUAAGUACGAAUAUUGUAGCUUAAUGUUAGUAAUAUAUCAUCAGUCAUUUAAUGUAACAAGCAUUAGUUUAAAACUCUAGUACCUAUGUCAGUUGUAAUUAAGUAUUUAAUUUUUUAAUUUAAUUCCAAUUAUAAGUUAAUCUUCCAAAAAUUGACUACGUAUUCUAUUUCUUAUGGACAAAAACAAAUUAAGGCUAAAGCUUGUUUAUGACAUUUUUUUUCUUGUAAGUUUUCCUUAUUUCCAUCUGCAUUUUUAUUGAAUUAUAGUCAAAAUAUGUUA